UUCCACAUUUAUGUACAUACCUCGAAAUGAAGCGGCUGUUUCUUGUUUCCGUUAGUUGGACAUGAUCAACUCACAGCUGCGGCGGUGAUCUUGGUGAUAUGAUCUUAUCUGAUCUGCCCCUAAUUCUGGGGUAUAAAAGACCAUCGUAACGUCGGUAUCUCUUCAUCUCCUUUCUUCUUUUUCCACUACAUCCACCUCAUACAGACAUCAUCAAUGGGUUUCUUCCACCACGAAUCCGAUGAGGCUCAAGCCUACGACCAGGUCGUAAAUGCCCCUCACAAGGCGGAAUUGUCCCAUGAAUUGAUUGCUGCCGCUGCUUCCUACGAAGCUGCCAAAGCAUACGAGAAGCACUGCGCGGAGAACGGGAAGCCCGACAACCAUGCUAAGGCUAAGGAACUCCUUGCUGCUUUCUCCGGUGCCUUCGUUGACCGAAUGGUUGAGACUAAAGGACUCGAUUUUGUUGACAAGGAGAAAGCGAAGCACCAAGCCAAGAAGCAGGCUGAGGAGGGUCUCCAAAGCAACUCUGAGUGGGCGUACUAAUUGCGACAAUCUCAGAUAAUGUAACAAUGUAAAAUGAAUGGAAUGAAACCAAUAUCUGGCAUAGCCUAUGCUUUGAACCUCUGCGAUCGAG